AUGGACCAUUUAGAGGAUUUAAGCCAGUAUGUCCAGCAGCUGGAAAAUUUCCGACGCAAUGACUACUCUCGCGAUCAGAUGAUUCAGGAGCUUCUGGUACGGCACGGCCGGCUACAAGCGCUUUAUCGCGAGAAGUGUGACGAUUAUAGUAACGAGGUCGAAUCCCGCCGAAUGUGGCAGACCAAGGCCAAUAACUUGGGGCAAGAAGUAUCUUCACUGAAGAAGGCUAAUGAAUCUAACCCGUUCGUCUUCGUGAUUAUUGAUGGCGACGGCGCCGUUUUCCAGGAGGCCUUGCUCAAGAAAGGCGCCGACGGCGGCGCUGAAGCCGGCUAUCUCCUAUGGACGGAGAUUAAGAAUUACGUCACGGAGGCCUAUCCUGAGGCUGCCAGCGAGGACUGGAGCAUCAUCGUACAGGUAGUCCUCAACGUUGACGGGCUCGCCAAGAAGCUUCACUCCUCGGGUAUCGUUCCGAACACCACGACUGAAAGGACCCUAUCCGAGUUUGGACGCGGCUUCGGCCGCGCGCAGCCCCUUUUCAGCUUCGUCGACGUCGGCUCCGGCAAGGAGUCGGCUGAUCACAAGAUCCGCGAGAUGCUUCGCGUCAUGGUCCGCGUGACCCAGUGCAAGCAUAUUUUCUUCGGUCCUUGCCACGAUAACGGAUACCUGCCUGUCCUUGAGCCCUACAAGUUGGAUCAAAAGGUGGCCAGGAAGCUUACCCUAAUCGAGACGACGCCGGCCGAAGAGGGGUUCAAGCAGCUCAACUUCCCCAGGGUUAGCUUUAAGUCGGUGUUCAUGUCGGAGAAGCUGCCUGAGAGGGUCCAGCGCCCGGCCAUUGCGAGCAUGCCGCCACCCGCCAUCGUCCUGAAAGCCGCCACGGUUGUCUCGCCGACUAGACCAGCAGCCGGCGUGGCCCAUACCAACUCUACUAAUAACGGCGUACCUCUGAGGCCUGCGGCCGAUAGCCCUUCGCGCAUUACCAGCCCGCCCUCUAACGACUCGCAGACGACAGCCCAGUGGACUGCAGUGACCAGAGCCCCAACGGCACCCAAGACAAUCGACAUCUCCCCUGCUAAGAAGGCACUAGCCCGCAAGUACUACCUACUCAACAAGGACAGCCAGCGCAUCGACGAGCCGCUACCCAAGAUAGAUCCAGCAGCAGAAAAGAGGUUCAAGGAUCGGAUGAGCAGAGAAGGCAACUUUUGCAAUAAUUACCAUCUUCUUAACAAUUGCAAGAACACAGAAUGCUACUACGUUCAUGGCGAGAAGCUGAGCGCGGGAGAGCUGCUGGUAUUGAAGCAGAAGUCUCGCGGUAUACCAUGCAGUAUGGGUUCGGAGUGCGACGAUAUUAAUUGCACUCUUGGGCACCAUUGCAAAUGGUUCCGCGAUUGCAACCACGCCUACUGCCGCUUUGAGGGUUUACACAAUAUCGAUGGCAAACCGCGAGUCAAGGUCUUCGACGAUGGAAGCAUGAAGAUCAUCGACAAGCUUUAG